AUGGCUCUGUUCAUGGACUCAGACUUCUCUUUGCUCAAGCAGAACCCGCAGAAAGACAUGGUGGAUUUUAAAGCUUUAUUUGGAGAACAGGAUCAAUGUAAAGAAGAUGCUCGGGCUGAGGGCGCGCUGUCCUCCCCGGAGCCGGACAGAGCCGCCGGGCUGAUGGAGGGCCAGAGGAAGAGGAAGAGGACCAUCUUCAGCCGGGCCCAGCUGUCAGAGCUGGAGCAGGCCUUCGCUGUGACUCCCUACCCGGACAUCACCCUGAGGGAGAGGCUGGCCGCGCACACACACCUGCCCGAGAGCAAGAUACAGGUGUGGUUUCAAAACAGAAGAGCCAGAAGUAUUAAGACUGGGAGACUCCCCAAGUCCACCAAGUCAGUCCUGGGAGGUAGAGGGGUUGUUGAUCCCUCCACUGGGCCUGUGACCUCUGCUUUCCUCGCCUCAACCACCCUGGCAGACAUAUUCAGGCCGGAGCAGAACCACUCCUGUGAAGACGUCCCGCAAAUGUAUUCUGACUGGAUCCAAAUCUACAGCAACCCCGUAUCAUCGCCACCAUCUUCCUCGUCAAGCCACCAGCAGCCCGCGCUGGGCUCCUCUAAACCUCCAGAGUCUCGUCUCUGGGAGGAGGAGCAGCACCACCAGAGGCAGCACCUGGGACCAGCACUCCCGGGGUUCCUCCCCGGUUCUUUCCCUCAGCCUGUCAGCAGGCAGCCUCACCACCCAGCCUCCGCCCGCUCCUACCAGGCCUUCAGGAACUUCAAACCCCAGACCGUGGCUCCACCCGGGGCUCAUCAGGCCGUGUACGGAGGCAGCGCUGCAGGAGGUCACACCUCUGUAGACCAGGUAGUCCCUUCCCAUCCUCAGCCGGUGUACUGGGAGGUAACUCAGGGCCAAGGACACCACCACCAUCACCACCACCCACACCAUCACCACCACCCUCAAAUGGGACCACAGACCUCCAUGGGCUACAUCUCAGACCUGAUCUACAACGCUGCUAUUGUCACCAACUUUCUGGAGUUCUGA